AUGUCGUCCUCGGAAGGAGCACCGGAGUCCUGGAUUUCCUCGUUUUGCUCGUUGAUGGGCCAUGAGUUCUUCGCAGAGGUAUCGGAAGACUUCAUCGAGGAUGAUUUCAACCUGACUGGUCUGCAGUCGCAGGUGCCCAUGUACAAAGAGGCACUGGAGAUGAUUCUCGACGUGGAGCCGGAAGACGACGAGGAAGAGGAAGAAGAGGAGGAAGAAGAGGAGGAGGAAGAUGAUGCGCUCGGCGGCGAUCAAUCUGUAUACAGAAGAGCGGGCGAUCGGCGACACACCCGCGUCGCAAGCGAUUUGAGCGUCAUCGAAAGCUCCGCUGAGCUCCUGUACGGGCUAAUUCACCAGCGGUACAUCACCUCGCGGCCAGGCAUCCAGCAAAUGCUCGAAAAAUAUGAGAUGCAGCAUUUCGGCACCUGUCCGCGAGUCAAUUGCCACGGAUGCAAAGUCCUCCCCGUCGGUCGGUCCGACACUCCUGGCCAGGAAACCGUCAAGCUUUUCUGCCCUGGUUGCAUGGAUAUUUAUACACCCCCGAACAGCCGCUUCCACUCCGUCGACGGCGCAUUCUUCGGCACAACCUUCGGAUGUCUGUUCUUCAUGACAUUCCCAGAUCUGGAUAUCGGGCCCCGUCUGGAUGCCGCCUUGUCAGCGAUGUCUCCCCGGGGCGCAGCAGGGCAGUCGCGGACCGGUUCGCUGUCUCGAAACCCUGCAGCUCAGCGGCAGGCGCUGCGGUCGCCUACACCUGAGAAUCAGCCGCUGGAAAUCAACGGCUUCCGGACAUCCAACCUCUGCCCGGGUCUCGGCAAGGGCAGGAUUUAUGACCCCAGAAUCUAUGGCUUCAAGGUGUCGGAAGUCUCGCGCGUCGGUCCGCGCAUGAAAUGGUUGCGCAUGAAGCCCAGAAACGUCAUCGAGCUUGAUGAGGCAUGGAACCACGCGCAAGAGCAAUCUCCGCAAAAAGGACGCGGCGAUAAGGAUGGCGAUACCCAGAUGAGCCCGGAACAAUCGCGAGAUGCUGCCAUUGCGAACCGCAAGAAGGCUCCUAUGCGACGUCGGCGGCCAAACCUCGGCGCGCUAGUCCCCACAGAUCCAAUGGACGUGCACGGCCGAUGA